AUGUCGCGUCUGAGUCGAUUUCGAGUUAAUUGGAAGCUGCGCCAACGCGGAAAGGGAUGCUGGGUGUCGUGGUGGGGUGGCAGCGGUGGUGGGAUUUGGAAGUUGAAUGUUAUGGUCUGCGGGUGGAGCACAAACAGACGGGACCGCGAACCCUGGCCCGUGCAGCGCCAAGCUUCAACGACCACCUCUAGGAUGUCUCAGGCCAACAACGUCAUGUUCCUCGAACUUGGAGAACUUUUAUUCUUAAUCGUAAUUGAUAUUCUAUGCUAUGAUCUUGCGGGCUACGUGUACAUUGUGAUUGAUUUGGACCGAUGUCCCCUACCGGACACUCAAGAAGAGCGUAAACCCCCUUUCUCGGAGGUGCCGGUAUUCGUUUCGAAACGCAUCACGGAGACCUUAGAUCCUAUCAUUGGCAUGUAA